CAGCAUGUGUCGGAGGUGUCGAUGGACGACACCUGGGCGCAGCUCUCGGCGAACAUCCGCGAGAUCCACAACCACAACGCGUCGCGGCUCUCGUUCGAGGAGAACCACCGGUUCGGGUACAAUAUGGUGCUGCACAAGCACGGCGAGAUGCUGUACCGCGGUGUGUGCGAGCUCGUUGCGGAGAAUGUGGAGCGGCUGGCGAGGACGGAGAUUUUCCCGGCGUUUCCGCAGGCGCGCGGGGUGGGUGUGGGGGGCGGCGCGGCGGGGGCGGGGGCUGUGGCGGGGAUGGGCGCGGGGGAUACGACGCAGCAGAGUCAGGAGGGGGAGCAGUUGUUGAAGGCGAUGAGGAAGGUGUGGGACGAUCAUACGAGUAAUAUGUCGAAGUUGAGGGAUAUUCUCAAGUACAUGGACCGCGUGUACACGAAGGCGAACAACGUGCCCGAGAUCUGGGACGCGGGGCUCGACCUCUUCCUGAAGCACAUCAUCCGCCCGCCAAUACAGGCGCACGUCGUCGACGCGGUGCUCAGCCUCAUCCGCAUCGAGCGCGACGGGUUCCCGAUCAACCGCUCGGCCGUGCGCGAGUGCGUCGACGUGCUGCUGCAGCUGCGCGCGGACCGCGACGGGCGCACGGUGUACAAGCGCGAUCUGGAGCCCGCGGUGCUCCGCGCGAGCGAGCGGUUCUAUGCCGAGGAGGGCAAGACGCUGCUCGAGACGUGCGAUGCGCCGGAGUACCUCCGCCGGGCCGAAUCGCGCUUCGACUCCGAACAAGCACGCACGCACCACUACCUCUCCGCACAGACCGCCGCACCGCUCCAACAGAUCCUCCAAAACCACCUGCUCACGCCGAACCUCGUCGCCGUGCUCACGAUGCCCAACUCGGGCCUCGACACGCUGAUCGACCUGAACAGGCUCGACGACCUCAGCCGGCUCUACCGCCUCUUCACCAUGGUCCCGCCCGGGCUGCCCACGCUGCGCCGCGCGCUCAAGGACUCCAUUCUGCGGCGCGGGCGGGAGAUCAAUCAGGCAUCGACCAGCGCCGACGCGAUGCAGGCUGCAGCGGCUGCCGCCGACGCGAUGCAGGCUGCAGCGGCUGCCGCCGACGACGACGCGGACGUCGAGGACGCUGCGAAGGGCAAGGGCAAGGGCAAGGCCCGCGAGGCGCCGGCUGGGUCGCAGAUGCUCUCGAUGGCGCUGAAAUGGGUGCAGGAUGUGUUGGAUCUCAAAGACAAGUUCGAUUAUCUCUGGAAGCAGUCGUUUGACGGCAACCGCGAGAUUGAGGGCACGCUAAACGAGGCUUUUGAGGACUUUAUCAAUCUGAACGAGAAGGCAUCCGAGUUCAUCUCGUUGUUCAUCGACGAUAAUCUGAAAAAGGGCCUGAAGGGUAAAACGGACACGGAGGUGGACAUCGUGCUGGACAAGACUAUCACCGUCUUCCGGUAUAUCACCGAGAAGGACGCGUUUGAGCGGUAUUACAAGAGUCACUUGGCCAAGCGUCUGUUGCUCGGCCGCUCAGUGUCGGAUGAUGCCGAGCGGGGCAUGCUUGCGAAGCUCAAGGUCGAGUGCGGUUAUCAGUUUACGCAGAAGCUCGAGGGUAUGUUCCAGGAUAUGAAAAUAUCGACGGAUACGAUGCAGGCGUAUCGCAAGUACCUGGAGACUAGUACGCCGCCGGACGUGGAGAUCUCGGUGACAGUGAUGACCUCUACCUUCUGGCCGAUGUCGUAUUCAGCGGCUAGUUGUGUGUUCCCGGAUGAUCUGACGCGGGCGUGCAAGUCCUUUGAGCAGUUCUACUUUUCGCGUCACUCGGGGCGGCGGCUGACGUGGCAGCCUACGCUUGGGAACGCGGACGUGCGGGUUCAGUUCAGGAACAGGAAGCACGAUUUGAACGUGUCGACGUUUGCACUGGUCAUUCUUCUCCUGUUUGAGAAAUUGGGCGAGAAUGAGUUCUUGACUUACGAGGAGAUCAAGGCAGCAACGUUGAUACCCGAAGUCGAGCUGCAGCGGCACUUGCAGUCGCUCGCGUGCGCAAAGUACAAGAUCCUGAAGAAACACCCGCCGAGCCGGGACGUGCACGCGUCGGACUCGUUCUCAUUCAACGUGGAGUUCUCGUCGCCCAUGCAGCGGAUCAAGAUCAGCACGGUGUCUGCGCGUGUGGAGACGAACGAGGAGCGCAAGGAGACGAGGGGCCGGAUCGACGAGGAGCGGGCGCACCAGACGGAGGCGUGCAUCGUGCGGGUGAUGAAGGACCGGAAACACAUGACACAUAACGAGCUGGUGAAUGAGGUGACGCGGCAGCUGUCGGUGCGCUUUCAGCCGAAUCCGCAGAACAUCAAGAAGCGAAUAGAGGGUCUGAUAGAUCGAGAGUAUUUGGAGCGGUGCGACGAUCGAAAGUCGUACAACUACCUGGCAUGAUAUCGAUAUUGGAUGAGUCAUAUAAAUACGGACAUCUGUGUAAUGAACACGCCACUACGUUUGUAUUCACAAUCGCAUUACCCUUCACAUUGUCAC